UGCUCUUCCCGACCCUGUUGCAGCCCGAACAAAAAAAAAAAGGGAACCCGGCACCAGCCUUUGAGAAACCGGUGAGGAAGCUUGGUUUUGGCCUUCUUUUCUUGUUCAAGAACAAGAUUGGAGCCUUGAAACCUUACCCCCCCUGCUGGAAAUCCUAGAUCUGCUCUGCUCCUUCCUUCCUCAUUGCCGGCUGCUCUUGAUUGUGGGUGAUUUCUGGGCAUUUUUUCGAUUUCCCGAAUUUCCCCCUGAAUUUUCUGCAGUUGCCGCCGGCCUCUUCCCCCUGCCAUGUCCGGUUCUGCAGCUGGAAAAUUCUGGAAGCAAAACUGAGGACAGGGAAACCACAGGAAGUGACGAGUUAGAAGGCUAGCCAUUUCGAGAUUGAUAUAGAUUUUAGAAAUAAAUCAUGAUCUUGUAAGCUAGAGUGUAUUUGGAAAUUUUAUGAUAUGAAAGCAAAUUUUAAAGAUUUUAUCUUUAGAUUUUGGUGGUAUCAGAUUGUGAUAUGAUAAGUUCCGAGCCUUGUGCAUUUGUGGGACCCUCUCACCAGUGCACGGCGUCUGUCGCGCCUCAAAUUUGGGUUUUGGGGCGUGACAGAGAGUAUGAACCAUGGAUUGUAAAAUUUUUGGCUUUCAAACACCCACUUGUGAAUAGGUCACCAUACCAUGUAAUUGUCGAGAAACAACACCAAAGGGAGGCAAGCGGCAGAGGGAGGUGGAGUAGUGAAGAAAGGUGGAAAGGCAGAGACCUUUUACUCUUGCUUGAGAAUAGAAUCUGGACAAGGGCAGUAGAUUUGGAGGAGUUUGAAGUAGGCGACACUUAGGUGGCAUGGCUAGAAGCAAUUUUGCUUGAAAAAGUAAAGAUCGAACCAUAUUGAGAAUUGUUCGAUUCAUACACUCAGCUUUUCCAUUUUGUUGGAGGGUCGAGGGACAAAAAGAAUGAAGAUGAAUUUCUUUA